AUGUCACUUGUCCCUCGCACCGAAGUGAAGGGACCUGGGGCUCUGCGGCACCGACCUGGACGCACCUCCAGAAACCCCGCAGAUAACGAAAAAACCCGAGUUCAGGUGAAUUUGGCGGCGUCGAGGAGGCUGCGAUCAACCCGAGAAAAGCUCAGACUGCUUUGGCCGAAUCGCUCCGAACGCUCCGGCUUCGCCUUCGUUUCCACGGUCGGAGGGCAGCUACUUCCAACGUUUUUAACGCAGACGAGCGUCAGAGGGCCAAGGGACGGGGAACCCGAGGGGGCUGCUCCGGCCCCACCGAGCUCUCUGUGGGCGGCCGCCUCCGCUGUGGCCCCCAUCCCUGGCACCUUCUCCUGGCCGCUGGCCGCCGUUGGCAAGCCCCGUCGUGGCAUGCUGCGCCGCGCCGUCUUCUCCGACGUGCAGCGCAAGGCACUGGAGAAGAUGUUCCAGAAGCAGAAGUACAUCAGCAAACCUGACAGGAAGAAGUUGGCAGCCAAGCUGGGCCUCAAGGACUCACAGGUGAAGAUCUGGUUCCAGAACAGGAGGAUGAAGUGGAGAAACUCCAAAGAACGAGAGCUCCUCUCUUCUGGUGGCUGCAGAGAGCAGACCCUACCCACCAAGUUCAACCCUCACCCAGACCUCAGUGACGUAGGCAAGAAGUGUUCAGCAGAGGAGGAGGAGGAGGAAGUUCCCCCUGCGUGCCCACCCAGCCCCCGGCAUCCCUUAACCUACCACCAGUCCCCAGAGCAUUUACACUUGAGGGACAGACUGGACUCCCAGAUGUCUCCUUCUCCGUCCCAUUCUAGCAGCCCCAGCAAACCUUCAGACUUCUCAGACUCUGAGGAAGAGGACGAUGAAGGGGAAGAAGAAGAGGAGGAGAUAACAGUCUCUUAG